AUGCUGACGCAGUAUCAGUUUUGUUUCCAAAAGAGGAGUUCACAGACUUACACAGUGUCUGAUCCAACUAGCCGUUCUGAUGAUCCUCACUGGACCAUGAGGCUCUGGGAAAGAGGAGGGCAAGAAAAGAAGCAAGGCAGCAGCAGUGGAGGAGGGGUGCCUGCAGAUCCUUCGGCUGAUCUCCUCCUGAGGCAUUCAAAAGACAAUAUUUACGUGUCUGCUUGUGACAAACUAACCUACAAACUAUGUCAGAGAGCCACAAUGAUCAUGCAAAAUAACAGUUCAGCCUCACCUCUGUUUUCAAAUGUGAGCUCCUUCUGGAAGAGAGAUUCGCACAGACCAGGACUCCUUGAGGAAGCAGCAUCACUCAUUGGCAGCUAUGAUUUCCCUCAGACCACAGAGAGUUUUACCUUCUCCACUGUGGAAUCAACAAACAUGACCCUAAAUGCCACAGGCAAAGACCCUCUGGGUGGACACACUGUCUGGCAAGUAGUUUUGAUUGCUUUCCUCACGGGGAUCCUUGCCCUGGUGACCAUCAUAGGAAACAUCUUAGUGAUUGUUGCAUUUAAAGUUAACAAACAACUGAAAACGGUCAACAACUACUUCUUGUUGAGCCUUGCUUGUGCAGAUUUGAUCAUCGGUGUUCUUUCCAUGAAUCUUUAUACAACAUACAUCAUCAUGGACCACUGGGCUUUGGGAAGCUUAGCCUGUGAUCUUUGGCUCUCCAUUGACUAUGUUGCCAGUAAUGCCUCCGUCAUGAAUCUCCUUGUUAUAAGUUUUGACAGGUAUUUUUCCAUCACUAGGCCACUAACAUACAGAGCCAAACGAACAACCAAAAGGGCUGGGGUGAUGAUUGGUUUAGCAUGGAUAGUCUCUUUUGUUCUUUGGGCCCCUGCCAUCUUGUUUUGGCAGUAUUUUGUAGGGGAGAGGACUGUGCCUCCUGAUGAAUGUUUCAUCCAGUUUCUAAGUGAACCUAUCAUCACUUUUGGCACUGCCAUAGCUGCCUUUUAUUUGCCAGUCACCAUUAUGAGUAUUUUGUAUUGGAGGAUCUACAAGGAGACGGAGAAACGCACCAAAGAGUUAGCAGGGCUACAGGCUUCGGGCAGUGAAGCAGAGGCAGAACGCUUUGUACACCAGACCGGCAGCUCCCGCAGCUGCAGCAGCUACGAGCUGCAACGGCAGAGCAUGAAACGUUCCACUCGAAAGAAAUAUGGACGCUGCCAUUUCUGGCUCACAAUGAAGAGCUGGGAACCCAACAACGACCAGGGAGAUCAAGAUCAUAGCAGCAGUGACAGCUGGAACAACAACGAUGCUGCUGCCUCCCUUGAAAAUUCAGCUUCCUCUGAUGAAGAAGACAUUGCUACAGAAACCAGAGCCAUCUAUUCAAUUGUGCUGAAGCUUCCUGGUCACAGUGCUAUCCUCAAUUCCACAAAACUACCCUCCUCGGAAGAUCUGCAUGAGUCAGGGGAUGAACUGCAGAAAUCCCACACAGAAUCUAAGGAAAAGAAACCAAAAAAAUCGCACCCUCCCAAAAGUGUUCAGGAUGGUGGAAAUUUCCAAAAGAGCUUUUCUAAGAUUCCAGUUGAGCCAGAGUCAGAAGACACAACCACAGCUUCUGAUGGCAUCUCAUCAGUAACCAAGACAUCUGCAACCUUGCCCUUGUCCUUCAAGGAAGCAACACUGGCAAAAAAGUUUGCCUUGAAGACCAGAAGUCAGAUCACAAAGCGAAAACGAAUGUCACUUAUCAAAGAAAAGAAAGCAGCGCAGACACUCAGUGCCAUUUUGUUUGCCUUCAUCAUUACAUGGACCCCAUAUAACAUCAUGGUUCUGGCAAACACCUUUUGCAGCUGUAUCCCCAAAACUUUCUGGCACCUAGGGUAUUGGCUUUGCUACAUCAAUAGCACAGUGAACCCCAUGUGCUAUGCACUGUGUAACAAGACAUUCAGAAACACCUUCAAGAUGCUACUGCUGUGCCAGUGUGACAAACGAAAACAACGCAAACAGCAGUAUCAGCAAAGGCAGUCUGUCAUUUUUCAUAAGCGGAUCCCUAGGGAGGCUUCAUAGAAUAGUAUUUUUUAAACAAUAAAAAACCAAUGAAACAG